CAUUUGGUGUUUAUUCGCGUAAGGCAAAAAAGUUUUUUUUUCGUGUGAUGCAGGCGAAUCAUUUUCCAAUUCUACCAAAAUAUCUUCAGUAAAGUGUGCGCGAUCGUGCCGUACAGUUAUACACCGAUAGAAUUCUAGUUACCAUCAGACCGCAAAAAUACGUUAAAUGUGAGAGGAAUGAAAAUAAAAGAAGAAAAAAAAACUCACCACACAGACAAACCCUUAAAACUGAAUUUUAAUUAAAAAAGUUUAAAAAGUAAGGCAACUAACUUUUUUGACACAAAUUCAAUGAUUUCAACAAUAAUUACAUUUUUCACGAAUAUUUUUAAUGGAAAACACACCGUGUAAUUACUUUUGAAGUCAACAUUGUUAUUUUUUUUUAUUUCUCCGGCAGAAAGUGUGAAUAAGGAUUUUAUUAGACUGAAAAUAAUAAUUAAACAUUACGGCAAAAACAUUUCGUUCCGCAUACAUAUCCGGGGCAAAAUACUGUAAAAAGAAACCCAACAAAAAAAAGCGAGCUGCCAGCACAGCUUCGAUACCGAAAUGAAAAUAUGUGUGUUAAUGUUCGGUGCAUGUGUUGUUGUUAAAUAAAAAAAGUUUAGCGAAAAAGCUAUUUUUGUUGUUGGUGUUUUCCGAAUGUUCUACGUUGGAUAUUGAGGGAAAAUAAUGAAAUCUUAAAUUGCUACACGUUUUGUGUUUACAACAACAAGCAAAAACGGACUCUCUCUACGUUUAUGCAUAGAACUCGAAACAACUUGAAAACCAGCUAUACCAAACACAUUCUUUUUCCGCAACGGACACCAUCGCCGUUACAUAUAUAAUACAAAAAUAUUUUAACAACACAGCACAAUAUCGAACCGCUUUCUGGACCGAAGGAUUUUUAUAAAUGAAUGUGCGCCAUAUGAUUCGGCAAGUGCAAAAUCAUUUGGGAUAAUGGAUAUUGCUGAAAUGGUUUGAUUCCACUUUCCAAUAUCCAUCAUCGUGAUUCAUUCUUCAAUACCUUUUUUUCUGUAUAACACGCCGUGUCGAACGAGUAUGCUGUGUACAAAUAAUGCGAAAUAUAUUUGAAUCAGGAUGACGAACGUACUGAAUGGAUUUGAUCGCAUUGGAAUUUUAAGGGAUAAACCAUUUACAAUCCGAAGAAAUGUAAUAGGAUUCCUGACAAUCUUAUUUGGCUUGGUAUUAUCGAACGUAUAUGCAGCGUCUGCCUUCGAACCUGAUUUCGUAUUUCCAUUAGAGAAUGUUACUAUUGCCCAGGGAAGAGAUGCGACAUUUACCUGCGUUGUUAAUAAUUUGGGAGGUUAUAGGGUGAGUGGGGACACAGCACUAGCUAGGGUUGCAUGGAUAAAAGCUGAUGCGAAAGCCAUACUUGCAAUUCAUGAACAUGUUAUUACAAACAAUGAUCGUUUAUCCGUAACACAUAACGAUUACAACACAUGGACACUGGUUAUACGGAACGUAAAAAUGGAAGAUAGCGGCCAGUAUAUGUGUCAAGUCAACACGGAUCCAAUGAAAAUGCAGACCGCAUUUCUGGAAGUUGUGAUACCACCCGAUAUAAUUUACGAAGAAACGUCUGGCGAUAUGAUGGUGCCAGAGGGUAGUUCAGCCAAGUUAAUAUGUAAAGCAAGAGGAUUUCCAAAGCCGAAGAUUACGUGGCGGCGUGAAGACGGCCGGGAAAUAAUCGCACGGAAUGGUUCACAUGGCAAGACAAAAGCACUUGUGGUCGAAGGUGAAAUGUUGUGGCUUUCAAAAGUAACACGAUCCGAAAUGGGAGCAUAUUUGUGUAUAGCAUCGAAUGCCGUCCCACCCUCCGUCAGCAAAAGAAUUAAGUUACAAGUUCAUUUUCACCCGCUGAUUCAAGUUCCCAACCAAUUGGUCGGAGCACCGGUUGGUACAGAUGUCACACUCGUUUGCAAUGCAGAGGCGUCUCCGAAAGCCAUAAAUUAUUGGCAAAGAGAGAAUGGCGAAAUGAUAAUCCCAAAUGAUCGGUACAGCAUGACCGAAACGGAUAAUUCAAUGUAUGCUGUACAAAUGGUGCUGAUUAUAAAAAAACUACAGAAAUCGGAUUUUGGCGGAUACAAAUGCAUAUCAAAAAACAGCAUCGGCGGAAUCGAAGCUACAAUACGACUGUACGAAAUGGAACUGUCGAAGAAAUCGAAACAUCAAAAGAUUAACUAUGAGGAUGGGAAUGAGGAAAGUAACAAUUUAUCGACAAAUGAGGAGUUCAAUGAAGACGGUUUAAUUAAUAAAAAUGGACGCUUGUAUAAAGGACUUCAAACUGGUGAAGCAGACAUUAACAGCAAAGCAAACACUCGACAACCUACGCCAUCAUUUCUAUUUGUUUUUGUCAUUUUAGCAAUAGUCUUUCCAUUGCCAGCUGUAAAUAUUUGCAGCAUUUGUAAUAAGAGAUUUUUAUUCAUGAGCUCAUAGUAAAUUUCAAUUAGGUUCUGUUUGCUUAUUUCGGUAUAUUUAUAAUAUUAGUUUGCUGGUAGAAAAUCAUUUAAUUGUUGAGAAUGGUUGGUGAAAGAUGAGAAGAGAGAAAAAAAAAACGGGGAGUAGUUCAGUUGGUCUCCAUUCUGUUUGAAAUUAAUUUUCGUAUAAGAAAAUAAUAUGCGAAAGCAGUAGGUAUGAAAUAAUUUGUUAUUGCACACUGGUAGCGGGAAGAAAUGUUCACAAAAAUACAGGUAACAUCAUACAAAUCAACAUCAAAUCUACAGCAAAUGGGCCUAUUGAAUAAAAGAAUCUAUUUUUGUUAAUUCGUUCGGCUAACGUUAAUAAUAUGAGAGGGGAAAACAACUAGAGAAAGUGGAAGGACAGGCGUGAAAUAGAUGUAAUAUUUGAUCACGUUUGACCAAAUCUUUGGUCAAGUAAAUAAAAUCGUCGGUAAGGUAGGUCAAAUCAACAGUAGUGAAGCCCAACUCCAUUGUAAGGUAGAUCGGGUCUUUGAUAACUUAAAUAAAUUCGUCGAUAAUUUACAGUUCAGCUGUUGCUGAUUCUGCACAAGUCUUUGGUUUACAAACUGUAGAUCAAAUCGUCAGUAAGUAAAUAGCCCGAAUCGUUGACAAAGAGAUACCUUUGUCUAGUUGUUUUCUCCUCGAAAAUAUGAAAAUAUUAAUUCUGUUGACUGGGUUGAGUUCUGACACUCGAUAAAAAGCAGUUUCAUUAUUUUUUGUUCAAAUAUUGCAAAUCCUGUGUUUGAUAAAUAAAAUUGAUCUACCGGGGUUCAAGUGCUCGAGUGUCGCUUAUUUCUAGACUUUCCGAAAAUUUGUAUUCAAUGACACAAUAUGUGUAUCAGCGUUUCGUGAAUAGAAAUUACCAGGUCGUCGGUUACGCUAAAUCAUUGUUAUGCAACGAUGGAAAUUUAUAAAGUUGUUGCAAAUUGAAAUGAAUUUGAUUUUGUCAAAAAAAAGAUAAUUUUCCAAACAAUGAACCAGUCGAUGAAAAUGAGCGAGCUCCUAAAUUUUUGUCAGUUUUGUUGAAAAUUUUAUUUCCAAAAGUUAUAUAUCACCAAGUUAGUAAAUCGCGACAAGUAUAAUGAAUUAUAUUAAUAAAUGUGGCUUGAAAAUAAAAUAAAUUUACAAAAUGAAGCAUAAUUACGACAAAAAAAAAAUUAAUAAAAUUGUUCAUGAAAUUAAUGGAGGAAAAUUUUUGGCAUAUAUUUAAAACAAAAUCGAUUGUUGGUGUCAUAUAGGUAUGAUAAUGUCGUCAGUUGAUUGUGUGUAAAUAAUAUAUAAUUUCUAUGUCGAAAAGUAAAAUUGAUGAAAACAGUGCUCAUUGUAAAUAAAAAUUAAAAACUCAAACUAGAUAACCAAACUGAAUUUUUACUCAUUUUAAGUAUUCGUUUGAACUGAUCGUCAACGAGACUGUUGUCUCAAGAUGCUUGCGGGUCGAAAAUCGUUUUUAACAUCAAUUUUUAUAAACUUUCGGGGCCGCUAAAUGUAAAAUACAUUACAAAACUCGGCGUCGCCUCGGAUCAGCAAAAUUCACACGAAACUGGAUUUUUCAACUUUUUAUAUCUUGUUGCGGCUAUUAAAUGAGUUGCGGAUGUUCGAUUCCAUCUGUCUAUGCAUUCAAAUAUGAAUGCUGGUAUCAAGAUGACAUACACGCUUCAUAACUGAAAAUCAUGCUUUUCAGAAACUCAGUGACGAAAAGUGAAAGUUUCGUUGCCUCUUACGACAAAAACGUUGUAUGCAAUUCGGUGAUAAAUGAUUUUUUUUUGGCACACGAUGUGUGCCUCACGAAAUACUCGCGGUGGCAUCAAUAACUAUUUCAUCGAGCAAACUACAUUUUUCCGCUCUCAUCGUACAAUCUUUUACACAACACGAAUGAAAAACACAAUGUCGCGUUCCCGUGUGAUUAUUGACGGAUUCACCUCGGUUAAACUCACGCAAUUUCCAACAAUCUGUCAUGGUCGAGCUGGCUUUAUAGACGCGGUACCGCUACUAUUAUCCAACUUCAUCACACAGAUUAUGUCUGAAUCUAGUGGCCCUUUGUAUUUCUCCCAGCUAAUCACAUUUACUUAAUUUGCGGUCCUCCUCAAAUGAAAUUUCAUUUCGAAUAUUUAAAAUUUCGUUUCGGCAUUUUAUUAACGAUGUCCAAUCUACUACUUCUCUUGCUUAAACGAUUUUUUAUUGUUUGACGGAAAAUCUUUUACUUCAUUAGGCUUAACAUACGUUUUGUUAUAUAAGAAGAUUCUGUCGAUAACAGAUGACUGGCUGUUAUUAUCUACGUCAUUCAUAAGUUUAUUUGAUCAAAAAUGAAGUUUGGUUCACAACAAAUGCUCUUUGUAAUUGUUGAUUCACUUUGUUCGCUCAUGCUACAAUUGCACACACUCUCUAGUUGUCUACUGAAUACUGAAAUCUUUUGAAAUUUUGUAUUCACCAAAGUACAGACCUCUAGUUAGUUGUACCUUUGAUGAAUUUGACCUAAUUUUAUUUUAUAUUUAAAUGUAGAAAAUGUGUCAGAUACCUGCAAACAAAAACAUAUUUAUCAAGGAAAUCAGAACUUCUUAUAAAUCCUUAUCCUGAAGUGCCAGCUUCGGGAAAACGCAAAGUUGUUUUGCCGUUGAACAACGCAUUUCUUUUAAUUAAGUUUCCAUUUUUCUCUGUUUCAUCUAAAUCCUUCAUCUCUUAUCCACGGAUUAGCAACCAUCCAGCUGAACGAAUAUAUCCAUCAUUAUCCACAAAUUUAUUGACAUCAUUCUUCAUCCUAAUCGCAUACGAUCCAGUCGUAUAAAAUGAUUCGCAUAACAAUAAUUCUGACAUUUCGAUGAUGCCACAAGCUUUAAGUAGAAACGAAAUGAUUACACACACAUCACACUGACUGAUAUGGUGUUGAGUGUUUUCCAAAUCCAAACCAUAUAUCCAAGUGUAAUGCAACCAUUAGUAUGCCCAAAGGGUACAACCGAAUGUGUUGUUGAUGUGUUCGUAUAAACAGAAAAUCCCUUAAACAUUUUGUGUUUUCUUUUCGUUUUCGGAGCUUUUUUUUGUUGUUGUUGUUGUUACUCUGUUUUGCUCUAUCGUUACUCUCUACAUAUGUUUGAUACAUUUAUUCAAUUCAAUUUCGGUAGAGACAUAAAAAUAUUAGUAAAAAUGAAAAUAUCUGAGCAUAAUUUUAGUAUAAAACAUUUCUUACACGGUUAUUGUAAUAUUGUAAUAGUGACGUCAUCAAUAUAAAUAUCGUUACUAAGAGAACAGAAAAUAAAUGAAUUAAUCGGAGAAAUGAUACCAGAUGGCGUUCCAUUGAUCAGCUCUUACCUGUGGAAUCAGUGCAGCGCCAUCUGUUAUCAUUUCUAUGGGAAUAAAUAAAUUAAUAAGUUAAAAGUGAAAAUGAAAAUCAAGUGCCAAAUAAUAAAAUAUUUGAAAAUGGCGCCAUUUAAUUAACUAUUAAAAAUUAUGGAUUUUAUACUUUAAGGAAAAUGUAAACUAUAUUCGACAUUGUUAUUAAUAUAAAUGAAUAAAUAAAUAAA